GUGAUUGACGGCUACGUGCGACCAAUGGAGGCGAGGAAGAUGAAGGCGCUGCAGCGGGGGAGGGGGGGGAGAGGCGGGACUUGGCUAACUAUCAAGUUAGGCUGAGGGAACAGCACUAAAGGUUGGCUGCUGGGGUGUUUUUCCCACUCUCAUUGCAGAUCCGUCAAGAGCUGCGGUUUUCAGAAAAAUGGGCAAGAAGAGUAGAGUCAAAACACAAAAAUCAGGAGGAGGUGGAGCUACAGCCACUGUUUCCACAAAGGAAAUAAUGAAUCUGAUAACUGAACUGUUACAGAAAUGUAGUAAUCCUUCCACUGCACCAGGAAAAGAGUGGGAAGAAUACGUGCAGAUCCGAAGCCUGAUUGAGAAAAUCCGUAAAAAGCAAAAAGGGUUAUCGGUUAUCUUUGAUGGGAACAGAGAACACCACUUUGAUGAACUACUGCAGUGGGCAGCUGACUGUGGAGCCUCAACUGAAGGUUUUGAAAUCUCUUAUUUCCCAGAAGAGGGUUAUGGUUUAAAGGCAACUAAAGACAUUAAGGCAGAAGAACUUUUUCUGUGGAUCCCUCGGAAAAUGCUGAUGACUGUUGAAUCUGCUAAAAAUUCUAUACUAGGUCCCGUGUAUUCCCAGGACCGAAUUCUGCAAGCCAUGGGAAAUAUCACCUUAGCAUUUCACCUGCUUUGUGAACGAUUGAAUCCCGAUUCCUUCUGGUUGCCGUACAUUAAGACUUUGCCUCUGGAGUACCAUACCCCUUUAUAUUUUGAAGAGGAAGAAGUACGUUACCUGCAGUCAACACAAGCCAUCCAUGACGUCUUUAGUCAGUAUAAAAACACAGCUCGACAAUAUGCGUACUUCUAUAAACUCAUCCAGACCCAUCCGAAUGCAAGUAAGCUGCCCUUGAAGGAAUCCUUCACCUUUGAUGACUACAGGUGGGCUGUAUCUUCAGUCAUGACCCGCCAGAACCAAAUUCCCACUGAAGACGGUUCCCGGGUCACCUUAGCCUUGAUACCUUUGUGGGAUAUGUGCAAUCACACCAAUGGUUUGAUCACAACUGGGUACAACCUGGAGGAUGACAGAUGUGAGUGUGUGGCUCUACAGGAUUACAAAGCUGAAGAUCAGAUCUACAUUUUCUAUGGGACUCGAUCCAAUGCUGAGUUUGUGAUACACAAUGGAUUUUUCUUCAAUAAUAACUCUCACGAUAGAGUGAAGAUAAAACUGGGAGUGAGUAAAAGUGAUCGACUCUACGCAAUGAAAGCAGAAGUUUUAGCACGUGCUGGUAUCCCAACGUCCAGUGUCUUUGCUCUGCACUGCAGCGAGCCUCCAAUCUCAGCCCAGCUGUUGGCUUUCCUACGGGUCUUCUGCAUGACUGAAGAUGAAUUGAAAGGACAUCUUGUUCGAGAGCAUGUAAUCGAUAAGAUCUUUACCUUGGGAAACUCUGAUUUCCCUGUAAGCUGGGAUAAUGAAAUUAAACUGUGGACCUUCCUUGAAACCAGGGCUGCACUCCUGUUAAAAACAUACAAAACUACCACUGAGGAUGAUAAGUCAUUGCUUGAAAAACCAGAGCUGUCGUACCACAGUAAGAUGGCUAUCCAGCUCCGUACAGCAGAGAAGGAGAUCUUGGAAAAAGCAGUGCAGAGUGCUGCUAUGAAACGUGAGCACUUUACGGAACUGCAGAACAAGAACGCGCCACUUCCCAAAUAUGAGGAAAGUAAUAUAGCCAUGCUGGAGAACACUGUAACAGACUCAAAACUUCCACUGGUCCUGAGAAAUUUAAACAGUGAUGAUGAAGGAGAUCAUGAGUUGAAGUUAACAGAGGUACUGGAUGACGCGAUUGUAGGAGGGGAGGGAAUAAUGAACGGAGAGAGCACUUUUCCCAAUCACACUGAUCCUAAAAGUCACGAGAACAGCAAACAAGAAAACAGCGCCAAAGAGAAUGGAGAUGCCAAAGAGACUACUGCAGAAAAGAUUGAAUAUAGUGAAAGUUGAAAUUGAAGAACAAUCAUAAUAAGAGAGUCUAGCCCUCAUUGCCAGUGUGAAGUGCAGAUGGGAACUCUGAACAUUACACUAGCUGACAGUGCAGCAUAUUUGAUCAUGUCUUUUUAAGGUGAAAAGAGGUGGAGCUGAAAUGGUCUUGUCAUAAGAACGUACUUACUGGUAAAAUUAUAGUUCAUUUAAAAGAAGUGGUCUUAAAAUAGCUUCUGCCCAAUGUUUGUCUCUUCUCAAUGUUUGGUGCAGAAUGGAGGCAGGAGUUUGAAUCGAUUCAAGUGCAUUUUCAGCAUCAAAAGUUAAUGAUUAAAGAUUUGUUUUUAAGAGACUUUUUUUUAGAGCAAAGAAAAGCUGUCAGUCAAUUGAAAAGCAAUCGUGAAAAGCUGAAAGAAAAAUAAUGCUUGUUCAUUUAAUGCCAUGUGCCUGCUGUUUGGUGCACAUGGUGGUUUAAUGUAAUGCUUUUAAACACAAUAUUCGUUCUGUUUCUACAUUUACAAGAAUUCAGUUGGAUUGUAGAAUUAUAUGCCCUCCAACCCAUUCACUGUGAUCACGAACCUUUUGUCGAACAUUUUAAUCAGGUGGUUGCUAUUUCUAGUUUUUUUUUCCCUAUUGGUGUCAAGAAUAUCAACGGUGAAUGAUUAACCAACUUGUAUGUCAUGGACUGAAUGUCAUGUUUCCAUAUGCCUGCUAGGAAUAUCGUGUUUGCUUUAGGCAUAUUGUAAUCAUUAAACAUUACCACAAGAUGAGGGCUGACGUAGAAUUCUAAAGCAUGACUUGCAGGGAAGUUCAUCUUUCUGACUGGCAAACUGAAGCCAUUUAUAACCACAGCUAAGAAAGUCGGGAAUCCAUGAAAACUCUAGAGCCUUUGAUAAUGUUGAUUGGUUCAUGGGUUUGGCAUCAGUGUCAUCUGCAAACACUUAAGAAAAUCUAGGCUAAUAUUUUCUGUUCCAACCUAUGACAAUUCAAAGUGGUCUGGCCCUUAGUUCCCAUGAGAAAGUUGGCGCCGUGUGCUUGAAUCUCUCAAACAGAUAUAUAUCCCAUCCAAAAAAGACUGGGGGCAGAUGGUCUCCAGGUGCUGUUUUAUUCCACUUGAAAAAUAGGGAUUCUGUGAGGGCUGAGGUUUAUUGGCCUUGAAAAAUUGGAAGCCCAGUGUAGCCAUUGGACACUUGCCUACAUCUUUCAGUCACACUUUUACCUCCAAGUUGUUGGUAAUGUAACCCCAUGUUCUAACCAAAGCUGUAUAUUUUGUUUUAGUCUAUAUUGGUUACUCUACUCGUAUACUGUAUCAUCUACCUUGAUUAUAUGGGUUAUGAUUAAGUGAAUGAACUGUAGUGACUACUGUGGAGGGGGAAAUGAAUUCUCACCCCUUCUGAUAUGUUACAAAGAAAGCAAAGUUUGCAUUGAAUGAAGUUAUAACACUGAUUUUUAAAGUUAAAUGUUUAGACUUUCACUCUUAAAGUUUUGAUAAUUUGCCAUUUUAUUUCCUCUCUCAACUUCACAACUCCUUCACCUCCUAUAAUGUAAAUUGUCAUUAUUUGGUGCUUAACGCAGUCUGGCUCCCACUUUGUGUAGUAGUGCAGUUUUGAAUAUAAAGUUCAGCUUCAGGUAAUGUCAUGGGCAAAAUGCCUUUUGGUGGAUUAAAUAAUGUAGUCCUGAAGCACUGCUUUAAGCACCAACGAUUGUCAUCAAAGUUAAGUCCGUUGCUAACAUUUGAAGCUGCUUCGUUUAAAUUAUCAAAUACUUUUUUUUCAUACUAAAUUCCCAACCACUGAAAAUUUAUUUCAUUCAGAUUCUUGCCUGGUUUAGUUUUUAUAAGGUUCAAAAAUAGUCUGAAUGGAAUAAAUGUGUUAAACAUGUGGAAAAUAGGAUAAUUGCCCCUUUGAGAGUCAAACAAAAAUUUAUAGCUCAAACCAACUUUUUGGUUACCAUUGCCUUGGAAAAAUUGAUGGUUUGCAACAUUCAACUUUGCAUCUUUUUGAGACAUUCGUGUAUUUUGAUAUGGUGGAGGUUAUUUUAUCAUUGUUCUGAGCAAAACUAUGCUGUAUUCUGAGAAUCAGACAAACCAUAUUUUGGAGGAUGGCAGAACCUUGAAAUGUAAAGAGCUAGCUGCUGGGUUCUUAUUCUACUGUCUAUGUAUUCUGAACCAUUUGAUCUAUUUGAAUGAGAGUUUUGUAGCUGUAGUAAUUUCUACAAAGCACUCUUUAAUAAUUUACUUGUCAGUAUUGUUCACCUUAACCCUUUAAGGACAGGAGAGUAUGUGUAUUUUUAUUUGGCUAUUUUUAAGUUUCUGAUAUGGGGAGAGAAUGGUCAUAGCAACACUUCUGUUUUGGAACGUUUUCACUAAUAAAACUGUGUACACGUCACCUUCCAAUACCAAGUACAAGUGUCAAACAUACUAUGUGCUUAACACUGUCCUUUAAUUACGAUGUCAACUACUUGUCUUAUGCAGGUGUUUCUACUCUCAAAAUACUAAAGGAAAUCAAUUACUGUGAAUUGGUAAAAGUAUGGCAGUAUUCUCAGUUAAAUGGCUUUAUUUUUCCAUAGGAAGUUGUGGCUACAUUUAUGCUUGAAUGUGAUUACUUUGUAGGAUGAAUUUUUUUUUAAACUGAAAGCUCACCUUCCAAAGAUGAUGAUUAGGGUGCACUUUGUUUUUAAGAAAAUAUCUCUUCCACUUGCUACUGAUUUUGUUUGCAAUUUUGUGACUCCAUUUUCUGACUCCUCUCCACUGCAAAAGUCUUUUGUUCAAAUUUGUAAACCACAGCCCAAGGGGAAAUCUUUGAGGCAGAAAUAAAUGCAGAUUGUUGCAAACA